CUUCCCUGCCAAGUAACGACCAGGCGCAUAAGUCCGAAAGCAACCGUAUCGCAUCGCCCUUUCAACUUCCAUUCGACACGUCUCUUUCUCUCUCUAAAACUUUUAUAUUUUGCCCACACCCUAUCUCUCUCCCCUCCCCUCCCUUCCUUUGAUCCCGUCUUUCGCCUACAAAUCAAAGCUGUCCCUUCUCGCGCAUCCAUCCAGCUCUCUCUCAUUGUAAAGUGUGUGUGCAAUCGGCUCUCAGAUCUGCAACUUCUCUCAAUAACUUGGUCUAGAAAGGAACGUUUUCUAGAGAGAGACGGUGAUCGUUUUCUAGAGAAAGAAAGUGAAAUGGCUUUGGAAUGGGUGGUUCUAGGGUACGCAGCAGGUGCCGAAGCCAUCAUGCUCCUGCUCCUCACUCUUCCUGGUCUUGAUCGUCUCAGGAAGGGCUUGAUCGCGGUUACUAGAAAUGCCCUGAAACCCCUGUUAUCAGUGGUUCCGUUCUGCUUGUUCUUGUUAAUGGAUAUAUACUGGAAGUACGAGACCAGGCCCUCUUGUGAGGGGGCGGCUUGCACACCAACUGAGCACCUUAGACACCAGAAAUCGAUCAUGAAGAGCCAGAGAAACGCCCUGUUGAUCGCUGCUGCUUUGAUCUUUUAUUGGCUCUUGUUCUCUGUUACCCAACUCGUGGUGAAGCUCGAGCAGCUUAGCCAGAGGGUGGAGAAGCUCAAGAAUCAGGAUUGAUUCUGUUGUAAUUGAGUGGGUUAGAACCUAUCACUGAGCUGUUGAAUCUCAUGUGUGGAACCAUCACUAUGCGCAGUGUCUCGAUGAAUGGAAAUCUGGUGUGAAAACAUCGUCAUGAAGUAAAUGUAUGUUUGUUUAUGAGCAAUGCAUUAAAUGUAACCUGUUCCCUUGAUACUGGAGAGAUGAUUCCACAGUUCCAUAGUUCUUAGUACUGGUCAUGCAGUUGCCCAACCCUUUACUUCAUUUGAGCUGCUGGUAUGUUUUUCAUGAGUAUUUCAAAAGCUUGAUCAUUAAGAGGCAACAUUUUGAUAAGGUGUUUAAGAGAACAAAGCAAAGGGGGAACCUUUUAAAUGAAAUUGAAAGGAACCAGUAACUUUAUAGG